AGUUGGAGCCGAAGUCUCGUCCGCUCUCAUGGGACUCAGGCAUUCGUCGCGGUGUUUGCUGCUGCGGCGGAAGAUGGCGGAGGCGGACAGCUCGGAGAAGCACCAUCCUGUCACAUCUCCCCUCUCUCAGUCUGGCCGGCCCGCCCCGCUGCCUAAACCAGUGCCUUCUACCCACCACGUGCCCCGCGCCCCCCACACGCCUCAUGUAGCAGCUCUGGCCACCUGCCCCGGUCGAGGCAAAAUCGACAAAUUCAUCAGCCCAGAGGAUAUGACAUCACGUGACUACUACUUCGACUCUUAUGCCCACUUUGGCAUCCAUGAGGAAAUGCUGAAAGAUGAGGUACGAACUUUGACCUACCGGAACGCCAUGUACCACAACAAGCAUGUGUUCAAGGAUAAGGUCGUGUUGGAUGUUGGCAGCGGCACGGGCAUCCUGUCCAUGUUUGCAGCCAACGCCGGGGCCAAGCAUGUAUACGGGAUCGAAUGUUCAGGUAUAUCAGAAUAUUCCGAGAAGAUUAUAAAGUCGAAUCACCUGCACAAUGUCAUUACCAUCUUCAAUGGUAAGGUGGAGGAGGUGGAGCUGCCGGUGGACAAGGUGGACAUCAUCAUCUCAGAAUGGAUGGGCUACUGCCUCUUCUAUGAGUCCAUGCUCAACACCGUCAUCUUCGCCCGGGAAAAGUGGCUGAAACCUGGAGGACUGAUGUUUCCUGACAGAGCAGCUCUCUACGUGGUCGCCAUUGAAGACCGGCAGUACAAGGACUUCAAGAUUCACUGGUGGGAAAAUGUGUACGGGUUCGACAUGAGCUGCAUUCGUAAUGUUGCCAUCAAGGAGCCUCUGGUGGAUGUGGUAGACCCCAAGCAAGUGGUGACCAAUGCCUGCCUACUCAAGGAAGUGGACAUUUACACUGUGAAGCCAGAAGACUUAGCCUUCACCUCAGCCUUCUGUCUGCAGAUACAACGCAAUGAUUAUGUCCACGCCCUUGUCACCUAUUUUAACAUCGAGUUCACCAAGUGUCACAAGAAGACCGGCUUCUCCACCGCUCCAGAUGCUCCGAGCACACACUGGAAGCAGACAGUCUUCUACUUAGAGGACUACCUAACUGUCAAGAAGGGAGAGGAGAUUUUUGGCAGUAUUGCUCUCAGGCCAAAUGAGAAGAAUGUGCGCGACCUUGAGUUCACCCUUGAGCUCGAUUUUAAAGGACAAUUAUGUGAGGCUGCCAUUUCCCACGACUACAAAUGCGUUAAGGACAACAAGGUCGUGGUGUGACUCCAACCUCAGCUACUUUGGACACACCUAGACAUGGGGAAGGCUCCAGCUCUCCAACAACCAUUCAAGCUAGCCAAAGUAACAAGACGCAACCAACUGGAUGCUGUCGCAAUAGCAGCUGGGUGAUGUCAUCAGAAUAGGCAAA